UUUACCUAGCUAGCCUGGGGUAUAUUCAUUACGCGGAUUCCACAGCAAAACGUCUCCUCUGUUGCAAAACGUUUUGCAACGGACACAGUUUACGCUAAACGGAAAACAUUUCGCAACGAAAAUAAAUUAAUAUAGGUACCUCCCCGUUUGGUUCUGUUUGCUUCCUAGAGUAAACGGUUUCCGCGUAAUGAAUACAUCCCUGGCAAGAAAGAAGUGAAAUGAGAAGCUAGCUAGCUGUUUACCUAUCCGCCUGACUGCUCGGAAAAUGUCUACUUGUCUUAUUUGCUAGCUAGCAUAAUCAAAACUAACUUUGGAAAAGCAUCUAUUCGGCAGUGAUGUGAUUUUCCAGUUUCGUUGCAACGGCCGUUAUACCUGAGACCCCAGAUGAUCCAGCAGAUGAAGGAGGGGGGUGCCGCUGCUGCCCCCGUCCCCAACCCUCUCUCUGAAGUCUCCUCCCCCCCGACCCCUUCUGUGACCUCUGACCCCCCUCGCUCUCCGUACCCCCGGCCCUCUGCCAGCCCCUUCAUCAGCGAGGACCAGUUUGCGUGCCAUUGUUGCUACGACAUCCUGGUCAACCCAACAACGCUUAACUGUGGUCACAGCUUCUGCCGCCACUGCCUGGCUCUCUGGUGGGAGUCUAGUAGGAAGACUGAGUGCCCUGAGUGCAGGGAGAAGUGGGAGGGCUUCCCCAAAGUCAACAUCCUACUGAGAGAUGCAGUAGAGAGGUUGUUCUCAGAGGUGGUGGGGAGGAGGAGAGCAGAGAUCCAGGGGAACCCCAAGAUCUCACAGAGCCUGCUGGCCUUUCAGAGGUAUGGUGAUCAGGCAGCCAGAGGAAUCCCCAAGACCAGUCCUGGUAGAGGAGCAGGAGGGUUCUUCUCUGGAGUCCUCACUGCACUCACCUGUGUUGCGGUGAUGUUGCUGGUGUACCACUGGUCCAGUGGAGACGGGGUCCAUGACCUCUUGGUCAGUAAACCUGUGUCAAAAUGGACACCGGAGGAAGUUCUGUUCUGGUUGGAACACCUGGGACCCUGGACCUCUCUCUACAAAGAACCCUUCCUACAGGAGAACGUCAACGGACGGUUAUUGUUGAUGCUAGGUGAUGAGGAGCUGACCAGAGCUCCCUAUAACAUAGACAACCAGGCCCACAGGAGAGCGGUCCUGGCUGAACUGGAGAGGAUCAAAGAACUGGGGGUCAAACCACCUCAGAACCUCUGGGAGUACAAGGCUGUGAAUGCAGGGAAAUCUCUGUUCCUUCUCUAUGCUUUGAAGAGUUCUCCUCGCCUCACCAUCCUCUACCUCUACCUCUUCGACUACUCCGAAACCUUCCUCCCCUUCCUACACACCUGCUGCCCCGCCCUCUCACACACCAGCGAGCCAAUGGAGGACAGCCUCCCCCUCAACCACCAGGUGCACCCCACCUGGCGCCAGUGGGCAGAGUUCCUAGUUAAGUACCUCCUCCUCCCGUACCAGCUGAUCGCUGAGUUUGCCUGGGAUUGGCUGUCGGUUCACUACUGGACGUCACGGUUCAUCAUCGUCAACGCCAUGCUACUGUCUGUCCUGGAGGGCUGUGUCCUGUGGAGGUUCUAUAACCGAGCUGAGAUCAGGAGUCUCCAUAAGAAGAUGUGGGGUCACUUCUGGAGGAUGUCUUCCCAGGGUUUUGCCUUUGCCCUGUUCUGGCCGGUGAUCCCCCAGUUUGUGUGUAACUGUCUGUUCUACUGGGCUCUCUACUUCAACCCCAUCAUCAACAUUGACCUGGUGGUGCAGCAGCUAAUGCAUCCUGACACACAAGGGCCCUGAUCAGACCGAGGGGAUGCUGUUCCCUUCAUGGUGCACUACUUUUGAACAGUGCCCCCUAUAUGGGUAGAGCCAUGAGUGAGGAGGUACUGUUAAAACCCAGGACGUGUCUUAAACAGCACCCUAUUCCCUAUAUAGUGCCCUACCUACAGGGCUCUGGGUCAGAAAGUAGUGCGCUAUGUAGGGAAUAUUUGGUGCUAUUUAGUGCACUACUUUCGACCAGGGUCCGUAGGGAGCGCCGUAGGGCUUCUGGUCCAAAGUGGUGCACUAUACAGGGAGUGGGUUGCCAUUGGCGACGCAGACCAAGUUCUAUAUAAUAUUGGAUGGUUUCUCCUAAUGUCUUAAUUACAUGAUAUAUAUAUAUAUAUAUAUAUGAUGGUUUCUCUCUGAUGGUAAUUCAUAUUGAAGGAAAGCGGUGGUGUGUUUGUCUGUUAUGGUGGUCAGUGGUAAUAACUGUAGGGAGAGGAUUGAUAUGAUUCUGUUAUGGUGGUCAGUGGUAAUAACUGUAGGGAGAGGAUUGAUAUGAUUCUGUUAUGGUGGUCAGUGGUAAUAACUGUAGGGAGGGGAUUGAUAUGAUUCUGUUAUGGUGGUCAGUGCUAAUAACUGUAGGGAGAGGAUUGAUAUGAUUCUGUUAUGGUGGUCAGUGGUAAUAACUGUAGGGAGAGGAUUGAUAUGAUUCUGUUAUGGUGGUCAGUGCUAAUAACUGUAGGGAGAGGAUUGAUAUGAUUCUGUUAUGGUGGUCAGUGGUAAUAACUGUAGGGAGAGGAUUGAUAUGAUUCUGUUAUGGUGGUCAGUGGUAAUAACUGUAGGGAGAGGAUUGAUAUGAUUCUGUUAUGGUGGUCAGUGGUAAUAACUGUAGGGAGAGGAUUGAUAUGAUUCUGUUAUGGUGGUCAGUGGUAAUAACUGUAGGGAGAGGAUUGAUAUGAUUCUGUUAUGGUGGUCAGUGGUAAUAACUGUAGGGAGAGGAUUGAUAUGAUUCUGUUAUGGUGGUCAGUGGUAAUAACUGUAGGGAGAGGAUUGAUAUGAUUCUGUUAUGGUGGUCAGUGGUAAUAACUGUAGGGAGAGGAUUGAUAUGAUACUUGUUAAUAAUUUAAGGAGCCCAUAUUCCAGGGCUCUCCAACCCUGUUCCUGGAGAGAUACCCUCCUAUCGGUUUUCACUCCAACCCUCCUGUAGGUUUUC